AUGGUAAGGAGCUCGACCAAGAUCAUAGAGAAUGACCAGGUGCGCACCCCGCGUUACCCCCAGUACCGAAAUAACAGAAGCACCGACCGAUCCCCCGAAGAAGAAGCCGGACCCGGUGACAUCGAGACGGUGGUGUUCUGGGGGCUGCGGCUCUGGCAGGUCAUCGGGGUCUUCUCCAUCUUUGUUUUGGCCGUCAUUAUCACUCUCUGCUGCAUCUUCAAGUGUCGGAUCCCCAGGACCAAGAAAGAGAUUGAAGCGCGUUACGCGCAGCGGCAGGCGGGGAAGGAAUACGCUGACAAACUGGAGAGUGUCCCUCCGCUAAAUGAGCUGACGGAAAUCCCAGGAGCUCCCAAGUCUGAACCGAAGAAGAAAGAAGUAUCUACUGUUUCCGGGAAAGUAGAUGCUGAAGAUGCCAAGAAGGAAAAUGCAAAAGGAGGCAAGAAAAAGGAAGGAGAGAAAGGCAAAGAAGAUGGGAAGGCCGAAGGGAAAGAUGGCAAGAGUAAAGGAGUAGGAAAGGAGGAGAAAGAUGGAAAGAAGGAAGGUGAAAAGGGAGGUUCUGAUAAAAAGAGUGGCAAAGACUCUGCGGGUGGUGCUAAAGCUGGUGGCAAAGGAGAGGGUGAUGCCAAAGGUGGUGGCAAGGGUGGAGGUGACGCCAAAGGUGGUGGCAAGGGUGGAGGUGACGCCAAGGGUGGUGGCAAGGGUGGAGGUGACGCCAAGGGUGGUGGCAAGAGUGGAGGUGACGCCAAAGGUGGUGGCAAGAGUGGAGGUGACGCCAAAGGUGGUGGCAAGAGUGGAGGUGACGCCAAAGGUGGUGGCAAGAGUGGAGGUGACUCCAAAGGUGGUGGCAAGAGUGGAGAAUCUAAGAAACCACCAGCAAAAAAAUAAUGACUAGGACAAUGGAUGCUGAACUAUGCUGCCAACCAGACGUCUGGACUCAUGGAUGGUCUCCACUUAAGUAUUUGUUUAACUAGAUCACGUGUCAAACUCAAGACCCGCAGGCCGAAUCCGACCCGCUUUGUCAUUUUAUGUGGCUCUCUGAAGGUUGUGGAAAGACAGGAAAUUCUCUAACCCAGCGGUGGGCAACGUCUGGGCUAUGCUGGCACCAGCUGUGCAUGAAAUCACAAUGGCACAA